AUGCUUGACGCUACUAGUACAACAACAACCGUAACAAAUGGUGUUGAUCGGUUGGCCUUCACCCGCGACGAUGCGACAAUGCUGGAUCGAUGGAUCGAUGAUGUUUGCGGUGAAGAAUUGCAGUUCCCGGCCCACAGACGAAGUCAAUUCGAGACGUAUAAACGACAUAUGCGACAAUUACGGUCAGAGGCUGGACAGACAUUCUUCCGCAAUGCAACACGCUCAGGCACACGAGAGAUUUUGGCUCUUCAGAACAUGAUAGCAGCAUUAAAACAAUUGAAAGAGAGAGAUAGUUUACAGCGGGUGAUGCUGCAGAAAGAGAUUGAAUCCACAGAGCGUGUCUUGGAGGAGAUGCAUACCGUGUUAGUACACGAAACCGCAACAUUAUUACCACCACUACCACCACCACCACUGCCGCCAUCGUCUGGAAAUUCCUAUGGACCAUACCAAACGAUGGAUGCCGAAUCUCUGGAAAACACGGCCGCCUAUGAAAGCCAUAGAAAACUUGCGGAGCGAUAUAUACAAGAUCUCGAGCGUCAGCGACAAACAAACCGCGAGCAGUUGGAGCAACAUCGGAUGCGUUACAAGACGUUAUUGGAUCAAGGUGAACAGUUGCAAUUGGAAGUGAAUGCACUACAAGAAACGGAAAAGACCGUUGUGGAACGCUUUGAUGAGGUUAACAAGGAACUUGAGGCCGAACGUGCUUUGCUGGAAAAGGAAAAAGCAGCAUGGGAAGAACGGCAACGUCUGCCACUCUAUAUAUUCGGAGAGGAGAACAGUGAGAUAUCUGCUAUGAAUACUUUGGGGGAAAAUGAACAAGAUAAAACUGCUGCUCUUCGUGAUCUACGCCUGACCCUUACAAAUGCUCAUAAUGAACUCACACAAGCACAAACUGCUCUGGAUAACGCAGAAAGUUCUCACACCGUACGGUUUCGCCAGUCACGACAGCGAUUAAAAGAUUGGCAAGAUAUGGUGGAGCACAUGCGACGUACAUACGAUCAACUUUCUGCUCGGACGGGUGUAAUUGGAAAAGUGGUUGAAACUAACGCAUCCCGAUUGCAGGAAGAGAGUGGGAAUAGUUACCUAGAGCAACUGCGAAAACUUAAUCAGCUUCUUAUUGAAAAAACAGCCACAACACUUGGAUUUCAUAAAGAAGAAGAAGAAGAGGAGGAAAAUGCAGGUAAUGGUGUGGGUGCUGAGGUGCGAGAACUCUUCGUGAACCAAAUGCAGACAACACCAUCUGUCUCUACUACAGAUGACAUUGGUCUCCAUGCUACAACGCCACGACGUCUUCCAUCCCUCUCUUCUACAUCUACAACAACAAUGGGUUCUUCAGUUAGCUCACCCAUAGAAAUGCAUAGUACAACUGGCAUAAAAUCCCAAACACCAGCAAAUAAGCGUCGUCGACAUCGGCGGCCAUAUGCCCUUUUAACGUAUUUACAUCGAUGGGAGGCCGCAAUUACAUCUGAAACUUCUCUUUUUCUUUCCUUGUGUGAAAAAGGAAUAGGAUCGACAGCUUCACCACCAUCAUCCACACCACAAGAAACUAUACAACAGAUACGUAAAACCCUUCUUAUGGCAUAA